AGAUCUUGCGCGAGAGCUGCGAGACACAGAGGAGGAGGAGGAGGAGGAGGAGGAGAGCGCGCGACGAGGAGAGGAGGCGGAGAGCGCAUCAUUCCGAACUCAGCGUUCAGCGCUCGCGCAUUCUUUCACGGACUUCAGCGGAGGAAACACGGAGGGUGUGUGUGUGUGUGUGUGUGUGUGUGUGUAAGAGAGAGAGAGAGAGAGAGAGAGAGAGAGAGAGAGAGAGGUUGAAAGAGUUCUCCGGGUUUUUUUCUCCACCAUCCUCGCGUGCUUGUUUGUUUGUUCGAUUUGGUUUGUUCCUCUCUCUGGACAUGUCGUUCCCGCAGCUGGGCUACCCGCAGUACCUGUACGGUGUCGGAGCGGCGGCUGAACGGCAGCUCCUUGCGCCGUCGUCAGUGUCUCCCGCAUCCCCGCCGUCCGCCGCGUCCUCGCGCGGGGCCAACUGCGACGUGGCCGGUAGCGCGUGCGCUGUCACGUCGCUGCUGGCGGCUGGAGCCGGGGGCGCCGGUGGCGUGUACGCGCAUCCGUACGGCUACGGCGCGUUCCUGCCGUACACCAGCGCCGCCGAGCUCGCGCUCUUCUCCCAGAUGGGUUCACAAUACGAUCUAAAGGACAGCCCUGGCAUAAGUUUUGCUGCCCACGCCUCCCCGGCUGCAUUCUACCCCUACGCCGGGUUCCAGUAUGGUGAUGCGUCAAGGCCCAAGAACGCCACACGGGAGAGCACAAGCACGCUGAAGGCCUGGCUGAACGAGCACCGGAAAAACCCAUACCCUACAAAGGGUGAGAAGAUCAUGCUGGCUAUCAUCACCAAGAUGACACUCACGCAGGUGUCCACAUGGUUCGCCAACGCCAGGCGGAGACUCAAGAAAGAGAACAAAGUGACGUGGGGCGCGCGGGCCAACGAGGAUGGCGAGGAUGGCAUAAUCUUCGGCAGCGACAAUGAAGACAAGCGUGAGGAUGAAGAGGAGAUUGACCUAGAGAGCAUCGACAUCGAUAAGAUUGACGAAAACGAUGGGGAUCGCAGCAACGCGGAGGAGGAGGAAGAUGAUGAUGAAGACGAGGAUGAGGAAAAACGAGCGCAAAAACUCCUGAAGGAGCGAGAUGAAGUGCGCAUGCAUGUGCACACCAAUGCUAAUGCUAAUGCUAACAAAAACAUGACCAUCAUGACGUCACCGAACCUUCAACUCCCUGUCAGCAGCAAACCUAAGAUCUGGUCGUUAGCGGAGACGGCGACAAGUCCGGAUGUGUCUAAAACCACUGGCGUCCAACACCCGGCCUUCCUCAACAACCAUAGACUUUACACUUGCCCCAUCAGCAAGAUCCACAGCUGGAACAACGGAGCAUUCCUCAGCCACAACUCACUGCUUAAUGUCCGCUCGCUGGUGGGAGUAAACCAGAACCAUCAUCAUCAACAUCAUCAACAUCAUCAUCAUCAUCAAACACAACAGCAACAGCAACAGCAACAACAGCAGCAACAGAGUACAAUUGAGAAGGACAAAGACCUAGAGCAGCUCAGCCCCAAACACACAGAGCGGGGAGUCGAGUCACCCACACAGCCCCUCACAAAGUCUUCAUUCAGACCUCUUCACGAUGGUCCCAGGAAUACUCAUCGAGUCCUCACAACCUGAUCGUCACACAAAAUGACUCAAAAAUAUGAAAUCAAUAAAUAAAUAAAUAUGGAUGGAUAUUUGGAGUUUUGUAAAUAUAAUAUUAAUAUUAAUAAUAUUAAUAAUACUAGCGCUUAAAUUAAUCCCGGGAUAAUGGGUAGGUUUGACUUCCUCUCUUUCUGUGUUAUUCAUUUUUUUGUUUUGUUUUUCCCUGUUUUUUUUUGUUGUUUUUUUUAGUUGUUUUGUUAUUUUUGUUUGUUUGUUCUGGGGGUUUUCUGUAAAUGCAGCAUCUCAAAUCUGUAAAUAGUGACUUGACGGAGUUUGUGCAGAUCAUAUAUUUUGUCUAUAAUAAAGUCAAGAAAUUAUAGA